UCUCUUCCCUGCCUUGUUUUCUUCUUUCUUAAACUUUUUGUUCUUCUUCAUCUCAUUACUAAUUGGCUUUCUUUUGCGCCUGCUUUUCCUUUUGUUCAUGCUUCAUUUACUUUGCAAACAAUAACGGAAAUGACAGCUGCUGUUGUGGCCCGAGUCCGGGCUGCUGCUGGUAGACUGUUCCCAUGGUUGCCAGGGAAACCAAGCAGGCGGGGGCCUGGUGCGGUAGGGGGAAGCCUAGGUUGGCCCUGCAGCCCUCCCCCACUUUGCUUAAUCGUUAACCUGGGGAAGGAAGGGAGGAGCUUCGCCCACCUCUCCAGCAGCUGCAGGGGCUUUUACUCCACCACCAGCAGGGGCCAUGUCAGUGUGCUGAGCUCUUCAUGCAGCCACACUCCUUUUGGAAGCCGUGUUACGAGCAGAGCUGCCGUCUCCCUUUACUCCAUUCCCUGCUGUGCUUUCUGCAGUUCUGAGUCAUCGUCGUCAGGCAGCAGCAGAAAAAGCGGCAGAAAAAUGUCAUCCAGCCCGAUUCCCGUCAAGCAGAAAGCCAAGGCUCCGUUCAGGAAGAGGGCGAGCCUGCAGAACACAGCCUCCCCUGAGCAGCGAGGCACCCCCGGUUUAUACCCGCUCACCUCCCAGAGAUCACUCCCCGGGUCCUCCCUGUCCCUCAAGCACAUCGACCUGCGCACCUCCAUGGACGGGAAGUACAAGGAGAUCGCGGAGGAGCUGUUCUCGCGCACGCUGGCGGACAGCGAGAUGCGCAGCGCCCCUUACGAGUUCCCGGAGGACAGUCCCAUCGAGAAGCUGGAGGAGCGCAGGCAGCGUCUGGAGAGACAGAUCAGCCAGGACGUGAAAUUAGAGCCAGAGAUUUUGCUCAGAGCCAAGCAAGACUUCAUGAAAAUCGACAGCGCCACUGACCUGGAGUACUUAAAUGAGCAAAGUGACACUUCCUUGGAUCACUUCCCGAAGGAGAGGGACCUCACUCUGGAGCGCGAGUUCCAGCGCGUCACUAUAUCCGGGGAGGAGAUGUGUGGGGUUCCCUUCACAGACCUGCUGGAUGCAGCAAAGUGCAUCGUGAAGGCCCUGUUCAUCAGGGAGAAGUACAUGGCUCGGUCCAUGCAGAACUUCUGCAGGACCACGGCGCGCUACCUGCGGCAGCUGGGGGAGAAGCCGCUGGACCUGAGCGUGUACGACGAGAUCCCCGAGACACCCGUCUCUGCAGAUGCUCCGGUGCACCCCCCUGUGUCGAGGACGCACCCCUACGAAAACUGGGACCCCAGCACCAUGCCCCUCGACAUGGGCUUCGGCUGCAAGAUGGUGGACGGGGUCAUGCACGUCUACAGCAAGUCCAGCCAGAUGGAUAAGAGCUCAGAGCUGGACCUGCCCUACACCGAUCUUCAGGAGUACAUCGCUGACAUGAACGUGCUGAUGGCUUUAAUCAUCAACGGACCCGUGAAGUCGUUCUGUUACCGGCGGCUGCAGUACCUGAGCUCCAAGUUCCAGAUGCACAUCCUGCUGAACGAGAUGAAGGAGCUGGCCGCGCAGAAGAAGGUGCCACACCGAGACUUCUACAACAUCCGCAAGGUGGACACUCACAUCCACGCCUCGUCCUGCAUGAACCAGAAGCACCUGCUGCGUUUCAUCAAGAGGGCCAUGAAGAAGUACCCCGAGGACAUCGUGCACGUGGAGCAGGGCAAGGGCCAGACCCUGUCCGAGGUGUUCGAGACCAUGAACCUGACCGCCUUCGACCUGAGCGUGGACACCCUGGACAUGCACGCGGAUCGCAACACUUUCCACCGCUUCGAUAAAUUCAACGCCAAGUACAACCCGAUCGGAGAGUCAAUUCUCAGGGAGAUCUUCAUCAAGACAGACAACCACAUCGAAGGCAAAUACUUCGGACACAUCAUCAAGGAGGUGAUGGAGGACCUGGAGGAAAGCAAAUACCAGAAUGUGGAGCUGCGCCUGUCCAUCUACGGCCGCUCUCGGGACGAGUGGGACAGUCUGGCCAAGUGGGCGGUCAAGCACAAGGUGCACUCGAACAACGUGCGCUGGCUGGUGCAGGUGCCUCGCCUCUUCGAUGUCUACCGCACCAAGAAACAGCUGGCCAACUUCCAGGAGAUGCUGGAGAACAUCUUCCUCCCUCUGUUUGAGGCAACGAUCAACCCCCGCAGCCACCCAGAGCUGCACCUCUUCCUGCAGCACGUGGACGGGUUUGACAGCGUGGACGACGAGUCCAAACCAGAACACCACAUCUUCAACUUGGACAGCCCCCUGCCGGCCAACUGGACAGUGGAGGACAACCCCCCCUACUCCUACUACCUGUACUACAUGUACGCCAACAUGACGGUGCUCAACCACCUGCGCAGGAGGCGGGGUUUCCACAUGUUUGUGCUCCGCCCUCACUGUGGGGAGGCGGGGCCUAUCCACCACCUCAUCUCCGGGUUCAUGCUGUCGGAGAACAUCUCCCACGGGUUGCUGCUGCGCAAGGCUCCAGUGCUGCAGUACCUCUACUACCUGGCUCAGAUCGGGAUCGCCAUGUCGCCGCUUAGCAACAACAGCCUGUUCCUGAGUUACCAUAGAAACCCCCUCCCAGAAUACCUCUCCCGAGGCCUCAUGGUGUCGCUCUCCACUGACGACCCGCUCCAGUUCCACUUCACCAAGGAGCCGCUGAUGGAGGAGUAUAGCAUCGCCGCUCAGGUGUGGAAGCUGAGCUCCUGUGACAUGUGUGAGCUGGCCAGAAACAGCGUGCUAAUGAGUGGCUUCUCACACAAGGUGAAGAGUUACUGGCUGGGCCCCAACUACUACAAGGAGGGUCCUGAAGGGAACGAUAUCCGGCGCACCAACGUGCCGGAUAUCCGACUGGGGUAUCGCAACGAGACCAUGUGCGAGGAGCUGAACCUGAUCACACAGGCCGUGCGGACAGAGGAGCUGGAGAGCAUCGAGGAGGAGGAGGACUCCCUGUCCAUGGCACCGCUGCCCGGGCCACGAUAAACACAGGAAACUCCCCUGCCUCCCAGGCAACGCAGCAGGGCGAGGGCCCUGUUACAGUCUAGCGUCCAGUCCUUUUCAGUUUUAGCUUGUAUAUGAAAGUAAAAAUGUGUUGGCUCUGUACUCACAAUAGCGCAGUCGGGCCCAUUGCGUGCUUUUUAUAGUGUAAUUCCGAGACAGCUUUGAGUUGCAGGACGCAAUCGAGCACUUUGUGAAUAGAGCACACUUCAUUUCCUUUAGGUUUGGGGGCAGGGGUCUGAAAAGUUAGUCUUUUUUUUUUUUUUUACAGUUUACAACAACUGUACCCGUACUACACGUGUAGUAAAAAAAUAUCAAGAAAAACACAAGGCUCAGGACUUGCACCCCCCUCCCCUCAGCCCUGGGUCACUGCCCUCUGUAUCCACAAGACCUAGCCAUGCUGCUAAACAGAUAGGGCUGCUGUGCAGUCCUGUGAACUCUUUCAAGAGUGAAGGCUGCUGUUCAUGGCGGCUUCAGAUAGAAACCUGGAGUGCGAGAUACGCAGCUGUUGCGGUUUGGUAGCUUGAAAGAGCAGUAUUUUAUUUUUUGUUUUUGUUUUUGGGGUACUAAUAGGUAUGUUUUAAAAUAGGGGAUACAGUUGCUAGAAACAGAAUCUGUUAAGUUUUAAGCAGCUUUUUUUUAUUUUUUCAACAGUAAAGGUGCAAUGGUUUUUAAAAGUCUCUUUAUUGUGUGCUAUUAAGCCAGUAUUUUAAGUGAAGUGAACAAGUGUGCUACCCUUUCAUGUCCAGUACGACACAGCGGCUGGAACUGUCUUCACUGUAUUAACUAAAGACACAAGAGUAUACAAAACCAGCUCUUGAAGAAACGGAGAGACACUGCCACACUAAAAAAAAUAUAUAUAUAUAUAUAUAUAUAUAUAUAUAUAUAUAAUUUAGAAUCUGUGCAAUUAAACAAUAAUUUACUUUAAAAUGCAUUGAAUUUCUGUAGGCUUCAAUAGGAUUUCACAGCUUUCUGUCAGUCGAUAGUUACUGGUUUACAGAAUCCACAGAAUUCUGUAGAUAAUUAAACCACAAUUCUAGAGUCUGAAAAGUACACGCACACACACACAAAGAGGCACUCUCUCGCACACACACACACACACAUACACACACGAGACACUCACGCACACACACAGGCUCUCAUGCGCGCGCACACACGCAGGCACUCACGCUCACACACACGAGAAUGUCAAAUUACCUUAAAUAGUUCUGUAAUUAUAUCUCAGAUAUUUUUUGUAGACCCGCACAGGAUUCCGAUUUUUAGAAGAAUGAAUGACAACCACAAGACUUGAGAUUCUAGUGUUUGGAGCCGUGGCUGGUUCUCCAGUAAUGGGCAGGACCUCGCUUAGUUUUCACUUGCAUCGUCUCUUGAAAGACUUUAUAAAAACCAUUGCAGCUUUGACAGUUGCACAGGGGCGUUUCCAGUAAGAUGACAGAUGUGUGACUGGUCGCUGUCGUCGGCUAGUAACACUGGCUGAGCUGAGGAAAGCUCCUGUCUUACUGGGGGGAGAGAAGUCCGGGCAUUUCUGAUGUCGAAUCUGGUAAAUAUGAGAGAGCGAGUCAAGUGUAAAAUAUCACUGCUAGUGGACACGCAGCCCUUCUCAUAGCAUUCCUGGAUGUCUGGACUGUCACAGAAUCUACAGCACACCUGUGUCUGUCCACUAAAUAAUCACACAAUGUGCCGUCUGUCGAGGUGCACUAUAUACAGGGAGCAGAAAAGCUGAAGUCUCUGUGACUCCCCAGGGAGCACAUUGUUACACUUACUGUUAACACUACUUCUGUAUGAGGAAAGACCUGGACUAUAUUGUCUGCGGAGGACCGGAUUUGUACAGCCUAGGCAUAGAGGUGUAUAUUCUUUACUAUUUUUUUUAUAAAGUUUUAAGCUGAGAACGGCCGAAGGCUGGAAGGCAGCCUUUUCUUAUUUUUUUCUUGCUUAUUAAUCCUUCAGUCUAGCAUUGAGAUGACGUUCACAGUAAGUGAUGCAGAACUUCGUAGUCCUACAUGAUUAAAGCAGCUUCUAUCAUAACAUAGACAGGCUACAUGUCCUGUAGGCUGAACAGAAUACAGGACUGUAGAUUCUGUUUAGGGCUUUUUUCGGACUGUACACUCAUAGCAAGUCCAGCACAAAAAAAAAAAAAAGAUCAUAAUCCCAGUUUUUAAUUUGCAGCUUUCUCUUUUAUUAGGAUGCAGAGACAGCUUAACAACGACUAAUUAACAAUUAAAGGGAGGUAGAGAUUUGGAAAAUAAAAAACAAAAAGUUCAAGCCCUAUAUGUUGUAAAAUUACAUUUAAGAGCUGCUGUGCAUGUUGUGUCCACCAGGUGGUGCCAAAGUUCCCUUGUGUUUUAGCCCCACCUAGUGUCCUGAAACAUGCACUGCAGGUGUUCUUGUAUUUAUAUAAUAUAAAAAGCCUCUGGUAAGGCAGCCAACAGAGUUUAUUAAGGAGGAGGUUUACCGGUAUAUUGAGCCACUCUUUAGUGUACAAUAUAGAAGUGUAUUUUUUAAAAGGAGUGGUGAUUUUAUUAUAUAGAAGGAUUGUAAGGAAUCUGUUCUGUCUCCUGUGUCCUGUAAACAGCAGGAUGCUGUGCACAGUCCCUGGCUGAUUUGUUUUUAUAUUAAAGCAGUAGCUCCCGCACUGCUGUCUAGUUUACUUGCUUUGUUACGAUGUUGUGUUUUUUUACAAGCUCGUUGUUUUUCUGCAGGACGUUCGUUUUGUUAUAUGUAGUCAUAUUGACGCUGGUUCACUAGCUGCUUGUGUUUUAAAGGCUGCAGCGGGACAUUGUGAAUUUGCUGUUUCCAAUGACUGUUCUGUGGAUGAAAUAAAUAAAUAUACAAUGUCCUGGGGUCCACACCCAAGGACCAAAAAAAAAAAAAAGUAUUUUAGUUUAAAUAAAUAGGAUUCUCUAAUGAGAAUACUAAUGUUAAAAAUACUACAUUUGAAAUGCGUGGUUGGACUUUUAACAAGCGCAUGAUGUGGAAUUGGAUCAUAUCAUAAAUAAUAUACCGGUACACGCCCCUCUCUCCCAGCAGGGGUCACUGCAGCGCAACAAUGCUGUGCUGUGAAUAGUCAAAGUCCAAAUGAAAGAAAACACCUGAAAAGGGGAAGAAGAAAGCAUACACUAGGUACUGCAUUUCAGCUGAUCCGAGAAAAAGAAACUGUAGCAACAGAAGAAAUUAUUUUUGAUGCAUCUGGUUUGAGAACAAGCCAGACAUAUCCUGCUUUACAAACUGCAGAACAGCCAUUGAGAGACGCAGUGUAAGCAAGUCACGAGGGACUCGAGGACUCGCUACUUUGUGAAUUUGUAUUUGAUUUAGUUUAUUUAUAUAUAUAAUAUAAUUACAGGAAGUAGAUUGUUUUGGUCGUUUCGUUUUGUUUGUUUGUGAGACUUUUUAAAAAUGAUUUUAAUAAAAUGACUCUCUGCUAGAUUGCUGCUUGUGGUUUGCUAUCUCUGCCCCUGGCAUGGGUCAGCUCCCUUAGACUGCCUCCCCCUGGGUAAGCUGCGUGGUCAGUAUCUGCCGAACCAUUCCACUGACUGACCACCAAGCACCUGCCCUGGGUUAAAGUAACCCCGUGCAGGGUCACACAGGGAAAGGGGAAUGAAUCCAGGGUUGUAUUUUAGGCACAGUUACGUUGCACCUUGCUUUGAAGUAUGCAGUGUUAUGUCAGCCACUCCUGCAUGGUAUCACUCACACCGGGCAUACAGUUCUGCUAUUAAAAAAAAAAACCACACACACGUUCAAAUGGAUGUACCACUUAGAGGAUCGAGCAGA